AUGGUGAUGAAUUCCAUGCCACCGCCUACGAUCUGCUGCGUGCGUGAGUUUCAUGCUUUUGAUCUCCCUCCACCUCGUGUCUCUGCCUUGAGAGUUCUUGAAUUAAAAGAGCGAGGUGUUAAUGAGGAACGAGCAAUGGCUAUAGCUGAUGUAUGCAACCUAACUUGGUUCCUGAAUAAAGAAGAAGGCAAAGAAGAAAGCAUAUACCCGUUUGAAGCAAAUUGCACGCCUUCAAGGAAAGAGACUUCCUCCAACCCAUAUCCUAGUGCUAUCAAGGAGAUACAAACUGAGGAGAGGAAAUAUGUUCGUGAGCGUUUCUUCAAUCCCAAGAUACUCGAAAUUGUGAAGCAACAGAAAGCCGAGACAAUGGAAAGAUUCAGUGGGCAUGGUGGUAGUGAUUGGUGA